CUCCUCCUCACGCGGCAGCCAUCCAGUGCAUCUCCCUGCAUCCCUCCUGACUCAGCCCCCUCUCUCCCUCCUCCCCACGCCUCCUCGGACGUGCCGCCGCUCCAUCAGGCGGAGCUCUUGGUGGAAGAAAUGAGGGACACAACAACAACCAUGGCGAUGGAGCUGUGGACGGACUAACAGCGGUAUACGGGAAGCCGGGCACAGGCUGCAGGCUCUCAGUAUAGAGCUGAAAAACUCAGAGAAAAGGUUAGAGCACAAGAAACCCGAGACGUUGCCUGGCUCCAUGUCUGCCCCUGCCCCGCCCAAUCAGAGGUCUACAUCGGUCUCUCGCCGAUUCAACCCUCUGAAGGUGCUGCAGCCCAAACGUCGCUUGCAGCAAAUACUGGCGUCCUCGCCCGUGCCGGUACCCAAGCCGGCGUCUGGGUCGGGGACUGCUGUGCCAACCGCCACAGCACCAGUGGCCAUUCCUGUGCCCGCGCCCCCUGCGUUUGACUACUGCAGGUUCAUAGAGUUAGACUACGUGCCCAUGGAGUCAAGCUGUAUGGUGUCAAUGCGCCCAACUAAAGGCUAUGUAUCGACCAAGUCACCGACCAAGGGAUACACUUCCACCAAGUCUCCGGAUCGCCACGGUCGUUCAACAAACUCUCCCUCUACCCCUCGCUCCCGGCGCACUCCGGCUGCGGCCAGUAAUAGAGAUCCCUAUGGAAACGCUUCUCUCAGCAGCAGCAGCAACUCAGGCUCAUGUAAAGGCAGUGAAUGCAGCCCAACCAAAGGACGCCAUCAGAAGUACACGUCAUGUACAGACAACCAUGGCAUUCGGCCUCCUCCACCAGAGCAGUACCUCACACCCCUUCAGCAGAAGGAGGUGUGUAUCCGACACCUGCGGGCCAAGCUAAAAGAAACCAUCAACACCCUGCAAGACAGGGACACGGAAAUAGAUGAGUUGAGAGGCCGGCUUUACAGAAUGCAGGAGGACUGGGUUGAAGAAGAGUGCCACCGCGUAGAGGCUCAGCUGGCCCUGAAGGAGGCGCGUCAGGAAAUCCAGCAGCUCAAACAGGCUGUGGAUACUGUUCGUGCCAGGCUGAGCGAUGCCGGAGGCCUCAGUGGAGAUGUAGGGGUCCAGAAGUACUUUCAGGAUAUCAACGCUCAGAACCACAAGCUGGAGAACCUUUUGCUGAGUAUGGAGUUGGCCCAGGCUGGAUUAGCAAAGGAGGCGGAGGCCAUGCCAGGCUGUCGGACCCGCGUUGGGGGUUCAGCACCAGCAUCUGUUUCAGGAGAAAGUCCUGGCGGAGUACCCAAACUUACUGUAGGAGGAAGAGGGUCUUGCUCUUGUGAUGGCUCCCCAGCCCGGUCUUUAACUCGGAGUUCCACCUACACAAAGCUGAGUGAUCAGGCACUGGCGGACCGCAAUGACAACGGGUCGGACUUUCCUUGUCUCUCAGGCGACGGCACCCAGGACAGCGGCUUUGUGUGCUGUGGGGAGAGUAACAUCCCCAGCCGGGCUGACCUUCUGCUGGAGGCCGCAUUCCUUUCUGAGGAAACAGCAUCUUUACUUAAUUCCUACACGCAAACCUUCUCCCACUCUCUUCCCCAUUCUCAUCCCCACUCUCUGCCAAACUCACUGUCUCACACCUACUCACAUACCUUACCUCAUUCUUUCCCUCACAAUUUGUCCCACUCUGUGCCGCAUACUAUGCCACACUCUUCUACGUAUGAGAAGCUGUGCACAGGGGAGGGGCUGGCACCCUUUCGUUGUGGUCUGGGUGGAGUGAGCUGCAUGAGCCACCCCUGCCUCUCCCACCACCAUCUGUACCUGCACCCUUUAAGGGAGACUGGCAUUCAGACAGAAAGCUGCCCCAUCCCUACAACAGCAGGGUAUCCCUCUGAUCUGGACACCAUCGCAGAGCAACGUACUUUCCGGUCCCAGGCCUGUAGCCCCACUUCAACCUGGAUGUCUGAUGAAGGGGACGAGGAGUUGGACUCCAUUACCACCACAACUUCAGUAACCACAGCAACAGUCAUGAGUACAGCAACAGAGCCAAUCCCCAAAACUCCAGUGGUCCCAUCUUUACCACGGUCCGCCACUGUUGCGUGUUCCAUGGAAAGUCCUGUGCAUAAAGAGAAAGAGUAUGGAGAGGAGGAGGAAAAGCAGGAGAAAGAGGAAAAAGAGAAGGAAGCUUUUGUGGCAGAAGAGCAGGUGGAGAUAGUUAUGAUCAAACUGGCAGAAGAAAGGCAACAGACGCUGAUUGGUUCAGUGGGAGAGAAGAUAGGAGGGCAGGUUGCUGAAGAGAAGCCGGCUCAAGGAAAACUCUGUGAUCUUGCUGCGAUGCCAGCAACAUGGCAGGGUGAGCUUAAGUUAAGAGGAUGCUGUGGAGAAGGCAGGCAGGGUGGGACAUCAUUUGAAAACCUCGGAGUUGUGGACACGCAGCAAGAAAGCUGUCCUUUACAAGAAUCAACCCAGGUAGAGACACCUCACCUGAGUCCGAGUCACCAGGGAUCAUCUCCAGCUAUAGAACAGCCUCACACAAUCCAGCCAAGAAGGUCUACUUCCCAUGAGGAGAUAGGUGGUGUUACAGUGGUGGAGGUGCACAAUGAGGACAAUGAUAACGGUGAAACAAAAGAGCACGGUGCCACAGGGGACACUGCAGAAGAGAACGGAGAAUCAUCUAGCUCUGGGACGAUUCAGAAAAGCUACUGGAGUCGUCACUUCCUAGUUGAUCUGCUUGCGGUGGCCAUUCCUGUGGUGCCGACGGUGGCGUGGCUCUGCCGCGGUCCAGUCCGGGAAGGACAGCCAAUGUAUCACAUAGGAUCACUGCUGAGAGGCUGUUGCACUGUGGCGUUGCACUCGCUGCGCAGGGGAGGCGGGCUGAGGCACUACCCCGCAGGCGGGGGAGACUUAGGAGGAUCACAGAUAUAAGAGGAAAAUCUGCUCAGCACCUCUGUGGCCCUUAACCACGACCUUUCCUGUAUAGGUUUUCUCUUGGAAGAUUCAAGUGCAAGAAGACAAGGACUUCCUGUCCUGCAGUUUCUGCCAAGAAUAGGCAAGAGGGGUAUAAGAAACAGGAAAUGUGAAGCUCUUGGACUGACAAGCUCUGCCUUGUUUUGGUUCUGCUCCGCAAUGUCUGUCACCCAAUGUUCCUCAGCCUUGCUACCGAGAUGUCUGCCAGCUCUACUGGCUUGUGGAAAAGUAAAUGAGCUGAUUGAAA